CGCGACUAUCGAUACUCCGGCCCUCGAGUAUAUACCGCGACAAUGGAGCAUUCAGAAGAGCAGAAUCCUCCACCAAUUCCGUCAGAGACCCUCCAGGCAAUGGAUGUCGAAGGCGGCCAAGAAGAACUCGAGCAGCGCGAGGAAGAUAAGGCGAUGGAUGAAGUGCACGCGAUGAAGGAAGAGCAAGAUAAUGGGGCGGAUUUGAACGACGCGCCGGCUGCUGGGCAGGACGCGCCUGUCGAGGAGCCUGCUCCGGUUGAUCCGGCAGCUGAGCAGAGACGAAUCGAGGAGGCGGCGAAGAAGUACUUGGCGGAGCAGACGCAUGAGGUUAUCAUCCCAUCCUACGCGGGAUGGUUCGAUAUGACUACCAUUGACCCCUUGGAGAGAAAGUCUCUCCCCGAGUUCUUCAAUGGACGGAAUAGGAGUAAGACGCCUACGGUCUACAAGGACUACCGCGACUUCAUGAUCAACACGUACCGACUCAACCCGGAGGAGUAUCUCACUUUCACCGCGUGUCGACGAAACUUGGCUGGUGAUGUGUGCGCGAUCAUGAGGGUUCACGCGUUUUUGGAGCAGUGGGGUUUGAUCAAUUACCAAGUCGACGCAGACACGCGUCCGUCCAUUAUCGGUCCGCCGUUUACUGGACACUUUAGAGUUACGGCGGAUACGCCCCGUGGAUUGCAGCCUUUCCAGCCGGGGGUGAGUACUGUGACGAGUGGCAAGCUAUCGGCGGCAACGCAGGAGAAGGCGAGGAAGGAGACGGGUGAGAGCAACAUGGAGCUUCGUAAGAAUAUCUACGAGUCUUCACCUAGUGGCGGUGCGCUGAGAGAUGCGAACGCGCCGGCACCUACGGGUCCGCAGAAGCACUACAACUGCUUUACUUGUGGAACCGAGUGCACACUCCUCCGCUACCACAACACAAAGCGAAAGUCGGAGCUCUGUGUUACCUGUUACGAAGACUCACGAUUCCCUUCUACCACUCACAGCGGAGAUUUCGUUAAGAUCGAUCUGCGAGGCCAGAAACCCGGAGACGACUGGACGGAUCAGGAGACGUUGCUCUUACUAGAGGGUGUAGAGAUGUUCGAAGAAGACUGGGACGCAAUCGCAGACCACGUCGGUACCCGUACCCGCGAAGCCUGUGUCUUAAAAUUCAUCCAACUCCCCAUCGAGGACCCCUAUCUCGAGGGCGCACCACAGCCUGUCAUCACCGGCGGCAAGAGAUUGCCGUUUAGUCAGGCGGAUAAUCCUGUCAUGAGCGUUGUUGCGUUUUUGGCGAGUGUGGUUGAGCCGACUGUUGCAGCGAAGGCGGCGGAGAGAAGUGUUGGGGCGUUGAAGGAAACGUUGAAGAAGCAGGCGGAGGAGAAGAAGAAGGAGAAGCAGGUUAGGGCUGAGGAGGGCAAGGCACCUGCGUCGGAUGAGGAGAUGGCUGAUGUUGAUGCUGCUCCACCAUCUCCGGCGGCUGAGCAGCCUGCGCAGGAUGGAGCUGUGGAUAAGGAGACGCUGGAGAAGGCUGCUGAGAUCGCUCUUGGCUCGGCGGCUGCUAAGGCACACCUCCUCGCCUCCCACUCUGAACUCGAAAUGCAACGCCUAACAACCGCCCUAACCCACGCCCAACUCUCCAAACUCGAACUCAAGCUCGCGCAGGUUACACAACUCGAACGCGUCCUCGACCGCGAACGCGCCGAACUCGAGAAACAGCGGGAAGAGAUUUAUCUGGAGCGAUUGAGUAUGAAGAAACAGGUGUUUGCAGUACAGGAGCAGUUGAGGAAGGCCGUGGAGAUUGGGACGGCGAAUCCGAAGGAGGGGUUUGCGGCCGCGGUACAGGCGGGGGGGAUGGGUGGGGAGGGGGUACCGGUGCAGAUGGGGGCGGGGAAUAGUGCGAGGUAUCCGGGGGUUGGGCCGAUUAGUGCUGAGAAGCCGGGGCAGUAUGUUCCUAUGCAGAUGUAAGGUG